CGACUUUGAGAUUUCCCACGACAACCUCCUACUCACAACAACACCGUCGCCAUGGGUAGGGUAAUUCGCAACCAGCGUAAGGGUCGCGGAUCCAUCUUCACGGCCAACACCCGCCUGAACAAGAACCCCGCCCAGUUCCGCACGCUCGACUACGCUGAGCGCAAUGGAUACAUCCGGGGUGUCGUAAAGGAGAUCGUCCACGACUCUGGUCGUGGCGCUCCUCUUGCCAGGGUUUCUUUCCGCAACCCAUACAAGUUCAAGCAUGACACCGAGACCUUCAUCGCCAACGAGGGAAUGUACACCGGCCAGUUCAUCUACGCCGGAAAGAACGCUGCUCUCACCAUCGGCAACGUCCUUCCCCUCCACUCCGUCCCCGAAGGUACCGUCCUCACCAACGUCGAAGACAAGAACGGUGACCGUGGUGCGCUCGGCCGUACCUCCGGUAACUACGUUACUGUCAUUGGCCACAACCCUGAUGAGGGCAAGACCCGUGUCAAGCUCCCAUCCGGUGCCAAGAAGGUUCUUCCCAGCUCAUGCCGUGGUAUGGUCGGUAUCGUCGCUGGAGGUGGCCGUACAGACAAGCCUCUCAUGAAGGCGUCGCGUGCCAAGCACAAGUUCGCUGCCAAGCGCAACAGCUGGCCCAAGACUCGUGGUGUUGCCAUGAACCCCGUCGACCAUCCCCACGGUGGUGGUAACCACCAGCAUAUCGGUAAAGCCUCGACCAUCUCCAGAUACGCCACCCAGGGUCAAAAGGCCGGUCUCAUUGCCGCGCGGAGGACAGGUCUGCUCCGUGGUACUCAGAAGACAAAGGACUAGAGUGGUUUUCUGUGAUGUGGUGGCGUUUUUCAACGACAGGAACGACGAUGAUGCGGUCGGUUAUUCUCUCCAUACCUCUCUGUGCGGGUGGCCGGGCGUUAUAACGAAAUGGAAACUUGUCGGCAAGCUAGGCUUUUCCC